ACACGUACCGGCCCAAGCGGCCCACCACGCUCAACCUCUUCCCGCAGGUGCCGAGGUCUCAGGACACGCUGAAUAACAACUCUCUAGGCAAAAAGCACAGUUGGCAGGACCGGGUGUCCCGGUCAUCCUCACCCCUGAAGACAGGGGAGCAGACGCCGCCACACGAGCACAUCUGCCUGAGCGAUGAGCUGCCGCCCCAGAGCAGCCCUGCCCCUACCAAGGACCGGGGCACCUCCACCGACAGCCCUUGCCGCCGCAGCGCCGCCACGCAGAUGGCGCCUCCAGGCGGACCCCCUGCCGCCCCACCCGGUGGCCGGGGCCACUCGCAUCGAGACCGCAUCCACUACCAGGCAGACGUGCGUCUGGAGGCCACGGAGGAGAUCUACCUGACACCGGUGCAGAGGCCCCCAGACCCUGCCGAGCCCACCUCCGCCUUCCUGCCACCCGCUGAGAGCCGCAUGUCGGUCAGCUCUGAUCCAGACCCGGCCGCCUACCCCUCCACAGCAGGGCGGCCUCACCCCUCCAUCAGCGAGGAAGACGAGGGCUUCGACUGCCUGUCGUCCCCAGAGCGGGCCGAGCCCCCAGGUGGAGGAUGGCGGGGGAGCCUGGGGGAGCCGCCGCCACCCCCACGGGCCUCGCUGAGCUCGGACACCAGCGCCCUGUCCUAUGACUCGGUCAAGUACACACUGGUGGUGGACGAGCACGCGCAGCUGGAGCUGGUGAGCUUGCGGCCGUGCUUCGGAGACUACAGCGAAGAGAGUGACUCGGCCACUGUCUACGACAACUGUGCCUCCGCCUCCUCGCCCUAUGAGUCGGCCAUUGGUGAGGAAUAUGAGGAGGCGCCCCGGCCCCGGCCACCUGCCUGCCUGUCCGAGGACUCCACCCCUGACGAACCCGAUGUCCACUUCUCCAAGAAGUUCCUGAACGUCUUCAUGAGUGGCCGCUCUCGCUCCUCCAGCGCGGAGUCCUUUGGGCUGUUCUCCUGUGUCAUCAACGGGGAGGAGCAGGAGCAGACCCACCGGGCCAUAUUCAGGUUUGUGCCUCGACACGAAGAUGAACUCGAGCUGGAGGUGGACGACCCUCUGCUGGUGGAGCUGCAGGCCGAGGACUACUGGUACGAGGCGUACAACAUGCGUACUGGUGCCCGCGGCGUCUUUCCUGCCUACUACGCCAUCGAGGUCACCAAGGAGCCCGAGCACAUGGCAGCCCUGGCCAAAAACAGCGACUGGGUGGACCAGUUCUGGGUGAAGUUCCUGGGCUCGGUGCAGGUCCCCUAUCACAAGGGCAACGAUGUCCUCUGUGCCGCUAUGCAAAAGAUCGCCACCACCCGCCGCCUCACCGUGCACUUUAACCCGCCCUCCAGCUGCGUCCUAGAAAUCAGCGUGCGGGGCGUGAAGAUCGGUGUCAAGGCCGACGACUCCCAGGAAGCCAAGGGGAAUAAAUGUAGCCACUUUUUCCAGUUAAAAAACAUCUCUUUCUGUGGGUACCAUCCAAAGAAUAACAAGUACUUUGGGUUCAUCACCAAGCACCCCGCUGACCACCGGUUUGCCUGCCACGUCUUUGUGUCCGAAGAUUCCACCAAAGCCCUGGCAGAAUCCGUGGGGAGAGCGUUCCAGCAGUUCUACAAGCAGUUCGUGGAGUACACGUGCCCCACAGAGGACAUCUACCUGGAGUAGCAGCGCUGCCGGCCCUCUGCACCCCCGGGCCCAGGCCAGGCCGCCACGGCUACGGCUUGCGC